AUGUCAGACAAGAAGGAAGAAGAGCAGCCUCAACAACAGCACAUUCAGACUGAACCCCAGGAUGAUGAACAAGAAGAGAAGAAGAGCUCUGGAGGUCUUUUGAGCACGAUUGGAGAUCCCAUUGGAAACGUCUUAGGCACAGCCCUCCGCCCUAUUGGCGCCCCCUUAGAGAAAGGCGUAACAGGCCCCCUCGGCAACGCCCUCGGCGGCACCACACGACCCGCUCUUGGUCCCCUCCUGGGCCACGAGGAGGAGAGGUCCGAGUUGCUAGGCGGAAAGAACAAGGAUAGCUACGAGAGUAGACCAGAGAAGAUUGCUGGAAAGGAGCAGACAGGGCAGAAUCCCCUGGGCUUGGAUCAGACGGGACGGUGGGGAUUCCAGGAUGAGAAAUAA